AUGGGCGAAGGGACGGGCGGGGAUGAGAUCCUCCACCAUGAAGCCACCAAGACGGACAUCCUUACCCACACCAUGCACGUCGAGGAUGAUCCCACCGUGCCCGCCAUCACCUUUCGCUCCAUCUUCCUUGGAUGCGGCCUGUCCAUCUUCGGUGGUGUGCUGUCGGGAAUCUACUACUUCAAGCCGCAGACAAUCGUCCUGACACCCGUCUUCCUUGCGGUCAUGAGUUUCCUUCUCGGAGAGGCCAUGUCUCUCGGAAUACCUCGCAAGGGCGCCGUCGGGCGGUUCCUCAACCCAUUCCCCUUCAAUAAGAAGGAGCACCUGAUGAUUAUCAUCAUGGCCAAUGCAGCGAGUAUCUCUGCCCUGGGUAUCGAGGUCAUUGCCGCAACGAGGCUCUACUAUGGCCAUCGGCUCAGCGACGGCGUCUCCAUCUUUCUGCUACUGUCUGGUCAAUUUUUGGGAUACGGUAUCGCCGGACUGAUGCGCAAAACACUGGUCUAUCCCAAGAACAUGCUCUGGCCCUCCACCAUCCCCGUCAUCUCUAUGUUGGAAACGCUGCAUCGUCGACUACCCGAGACUCGAAAGCCUCUAAAGGUGUUCCUCAUCGUCUUCGCGUGCAUCUUCUGCUGGGAGAUCAUUCCGGAGUGGAUCUGUCCCAUCCUCACCGGCGUCAGCGUGUUUUGUCUCGCCAACCAGCACAGCACCACCUUCACCUACAUCUUUGGCGGCGCUACUGGCGACGAGGGGCUCGGUCUGUUCUCGCUCUGCUUGGAUUGGCAAUACAUCUCCGGAGGCUACUCUCCCCUCUUCUAUCCCAUGGACAGCUUGAUCAGCCAAGGCAUUGGCGUCUGCCUUUGCAUGAUCGUCUUCUGCGCCGUCUUCUUCACCAAUACCUGGGAUGCAUUGAAAUAUCCUUUCCUUGGACAAGUCAUCCUCUCCAACACGUCCAGUGCCGGCAAUCCCGUGCAGUGGCAGCAGGAGAAGGCUAUCGGGCCGAACAAUCGGAUCAACAUGACUGCCGUCGACGAGCUUGGACUGCCAAACUUUUCCUCCUCCAACGUGCUCAAUCUCAUGAUGCAAAACAUGUGCACUUCUGCAGCCGUGGUGCACAUGGUGCUUUGGUACCGACGUGAGCUGAUGGCCACCGUCUCCUAUCUCGAUCCCCGCGGGCUGCGGAACUUCCGCCAAUUCCCCGAGAAGGUACGUCGCAUGUUCCAACGGAGCGACGUUCCCGAGGAGAACAAAGACUACUAUGAUCCGCACUACGCCUUGAUGAGAGCCUACAAACCUGCUCCGACCUGGUGGUUCGGCCUGGUGCUGAUUGCCUCCGUCGUCGUUGCCCUGGUCAUCCUCUACACAUCCGACGCCACCCUGCCUUGGUGGGGAUUCCUCGUCGCCGCCAUCCUCGGGUGGGUGCUGAUCGCCAUCCUGGGAAGCCUGCAGGCCAUCACCGGUGUGGCCUACGUGGUCCAAUCGAUGGUGCAAAUGAUUGGCGGGUACCUGCAGCCCGGAGACCCCGUCGCAAACAUGUAUUUCUCGCUCUACGGGUACAACGCCCUUCUCCAAGGCGUCUUGUUGUCGCAGGACUUGAAAAUGUCGCAGUACGGCCAUCUGGCGCCGCGCAUCACCUUUUUCGCGCAGAUGCUCGGCACCUUCAUCGGCGCCUGCUUCAACUACGUCAUGGCCAACUCCAUCAUCACCAACCAGUUUGCCACGCUGCGAACCGUCCAAGGCACCAACAUCUGGUCGGGCCAACAAGCGCAGCAGUUCAACGGGCAAGCCGUCGCCUUCGGCGGGCUGCCGCAUCAACUCUUCAGCGUGGGCAGCAAGUACGAAUGGGUCACCCUGGCGACGCUGCCUGGCUUCUUGGUCCCCUUCGUCCCCUGGCUGGCGCACAAGAGGUGGCCGAAUGCGGGUUUCGACAACAUCAUCACGCCCCUGAUUCUCUACUACAUUGUCUACCUGAACGUCGGCAUCAACUCUUCGAUCAUGUCGUACUUCAUCAUCGGCUUCGCCUCGCAGUACUGGCUGCGCAAGUACCGCCCGAACGUCUUUGUGCGGUACAACUACCUCGUCUCCGCGGCGCUCGAUGGUGGGACUUCGGUCAUCGUGUUCAUCUUGUCGUUUGCCGUCGCCGGCGCCGGCGGCCCGGCCGUUCCAUUCCCUAUUUAUUGGGGCAACAAUGCGAAUGGCAAUUUGGACCGUUGCGCAUAUGCCAAUGGAUAA